AAUCGAAAUACUCAUCAUCAUCACACAAAGGCCGCCGGCGAGUCCCCGCCUUUUCUCAUGCAAAUCUUGAUUUCAACCAAAGUGAGUUAAUUAAUCUAUUUUAUCUACAUAUAUAUUUUCACUUAAUUGUUAAUUAUUUAUUGUCUGUUAACUUUUUAUUUUGUGUACUUUAUUGGUAUUAUUAUUUGAUUACAGUAUAGAUACCCAGUUAUUAAUAAAUGAUAAAAUCAAAAGUUACUGCUGUAGUUUUGUAAUAAGACUCAAAGUUCAGCCCAUUGUAUAAAUUAGGUUCUGCUAAAAACUGCAUUUUUUGUAACUUAAGAAUAGAAUAGAAAUAUGCUGGUAGCAAAAGCCCUUUUUUCGGGUCCGUCGUCUAUCCCACAAAGCUCAAAACUUUUAAAACCUAGCAUCAAACCGUUACAAAACCCGUCAAGAUUCUCGUCGGUUUGUGUCAAGUCAUCGUCUCAAUCCGUUUUGACGGAAACUUUAUCGACCGCCCCUGCAAAAACCCGGGUCAAAAUCCUUUCUGAAGCCCUGCCAUUUAUCCAGAAGUUUAGAGGAAAGACUGUUGUGGUGAAAUAUGGCGGUGCAGCGAUGAAAUCUGAAGCGCUGCAGUCGUCAGUUAUUGCUGAUUUGGUGCUUCUUUCUUGCAUUGGUCUUAGAAUUGUGUUUGUUCAUGGGGGUGGGCCUGAAAUUAAUCAAUGGCUAAAUAGGUUAGGAAUUCAGCCUAAUUUUCUUAACGGGUUACGUGUAACGGAUGCUUCGACUAUGGAGAUUGUGUCGAUGGUUUUGGUUGGGAAGGUUAAUAAACAGUUGGUUAGUUUGAUUAAUAAAGCUGGUGGGACCGCAGUUGGGUUAUGUGGAACUGAUGGAAGGAUAUUUACGCCUAUUCCUUCUGCGAAUGCUGCUCAGUUAGGGUUUGUUGGAGAAAUUUCAAGCGUGGACACGUCGGUGUUAAGGCCGUUGAUUAAUGACAAUCUGAUCCCAGUGAUUGCUUCAGUGGCUGCAGAUGGGACGGGGCAGUCGUAUAAUAUAAAUGCUGAUACGGCUGCAGGGGAGCUGGCUGCGGCUUUAGGGGCGGAGAAGUUGCUUUUGUUGACGGAUGUGGCUGGGAUUCUUGAGAAUAAAGAGGAUCCCGAUAGUUUAGUGAAGGAGAUUGAUGUGAAAGGAAUUAAGAAAAUGAUGGAGGAUGGGAAGAUUGCUGGUGGGAUGAUUCCAAAGGUGAAUUGUUGUGUGAAAUCAUUGGCUCAAGGGGUUAAGACUGCGAGUAUUAUUGAUGGACGAUUGGAACACUCUUUGCUUUUGGAGAUUCUUACCGAUGAAGGGGCUGGAACGAUGAUUACCGGGUAAGAUUUUGUUUUUUGGUUUUGUUAAUGUUUACCACAGCUCUCUCUUGUUUGAAGUUGGAAGUUAUGGUUAUUUCAAGUUUUGUUUAGAUUUCUGUUCUGACAUGGUCAACGUAUCGUGUAAGCUGUUUAAUGUCCUGAAUUUUGGAUUUCUGGUAGAGAGAUUGUAAUUUAUAGAAUUACCAUUGAUGUAGCUUUGACCUCUGUUGACAGUGAAUUAUUCAAAUCAAUAAUGUUUUAA